UAGCAGCGGCGGCCCCUAAGCCCCGGAGAGGCCGCCGCCCGGAGCUCUGGUGGCGUUUGCGGGUGGCAGUUGUGUCAGCGGCGCUUUUCACUGCCCAAGCUACGGAAACUUCCUGACCGCGACGCACAGAGCCAGGGAUCAAGCUGAGGCCAGCAGAGCACCCGCUGUCCCUGUCCGACGUGCAGAAGUGAGGAACGCCGCGCACCCAUGGAGAGUCUGGGUCGUUCGUGCCUGUGGCUGCGCCAGACGCUGUCGCCCCCGCGCCCACAGCUUCUGCUGCUGGACUGCCGCAGCCGGGAGCUGUACGAGUCGGCGCGCAUCCGCGGGGCGCUGAGCGUGGCCCUGCCCGCCCUGAUGCUGCGCCGCCUACGGAGAGGGAGCCUGUCUGUGCGCUCGCUCUUGCCUGGGCCACCGCUGCAGCCUCCCCCACCCGCCCCUGUGCUUCUGUACGACCAGGGUAGUGGCCGAAGCCAGCGUGGAGAGGCAGACGCAGAGGCACAGGCACAAGAAGCCCCAGAGUGGGAGGCUGACUCGGUUCUGGGCGUCCUGCUCCAGAAGCUGCGGGAAGAAGGCUACCUGGCCUACUACCUACAGGGUGGUUUCAGCAAAUUCCAGGCCGAGUGUCCUAACCUUUGUGAAACCAGCUUUAGUGGUCCUGCCAGCUCAAGCUUGGCCUCAGUACCUAGCCCUGUGCCUGUGGUGGGGCUAGGGGGUCUGUGCUUGGCCUCUGAUGUCUCUGAUGCAGAGUCUGAGGCUGACCGCGACUCCAUGAGCUGUGGCCUAGAUUCGGAGAGCACCACAUCCCCUCCAACUGGGCUGCUACCACCCUUCCCAGUCCAGAUCCUGCCCAAUCUCUACCUAGGCAGUGCCCGAGAUUCAGCCAACUUGGAGAGCCUUGCCAAGCUUGGCAUCCGCUAUAUCCUCAAUGUCACCCCCAACCUCCCUAACCUCUUUGAGAAGAAUGGUGACUUUCACUACAAGCAGAUUCCCAUCUCUGACCAUUGGAGCCAGAAUCUGUCCCAGUUCUUUCCAGAGGCCAUUGCAUUCAUUGAUGAGGCCUUGUCCCAGAACUGCGGGGUGCUCGUCCACUGCCUGGCAGGGGUCAGCCGCUCUGUCACUGUCACCGUGGCCUACCUCAUGCAGAAGCUCCACCUCUCACUCAACGAUGCCUACGACUUGGUCAAGCGGAAGAAGUCUAACAUCUCACCCAACUUCAACUUCAUGGGGCAGCUGUUAGACUUUGAGCGCAGCCUGCGCCUGGAGGAGAGGCGCUCUGGGGGGCAGGGCAGUGGGGGGCCGGAGUCCACUGUCUCAGACCCACCUUCUUUCUUUACUACCCCUACCAGUGAUGGGGUCUUUGAGCUGGACCCCACAUAAGAGCUGUGUGGGGCUGCUGGGCUGAUCCCUACCUACGACCCCAUGUAUUAGCAGGGAUGGGAUGCAGCC